UGGGACAUCCGGGCGACAGUUUGUUUCCAACCAAAUGGUAGAUCCAACCAAACGGUCUGAACCUUUCCUGGCUGGGACCUUGGCAAGGAUGGGCUGGUUUUAAAGGUCCAGCAAGUUUCUUUUUUUCACUUCAAGGACUCCAGAAGUGUUCUAGGCUAAACGUUCACAAGAAUUUCAUUGAUCUCUUCCACUUCCAAUCCAAUAAAUGGCGAAUCACCAGCCCUCGUGCCCUUGGCCCAGGGUGAUCAACUUUACAGAAACCUGGCCGGGAUGUUGCAGAGUUUGAGAACAGUCCAGUCGGUCCAUGAACUUUAUCCAGAUUUUGUUUUUGGCAGUUCUUUCCAAACCUGAAUCAAAGCCUACAACUCGAGUCUAACUUUGGGCGGAGUCUGGACCUCAUCUUGUUGCUAUGACACGUGUGACCCUGAUGUUGAUCCGGUAAUUGAAAGUGAGCCUGAUGGUGACUUCACUUGAAGUUGCUAUGGACAAAAGUCAACAAUAACCAGGGAGGGCGAGUUACUGAAUGUUCAGGAUGAAGUGGCAAUUCAUUUUACUAACUUUUGUCUUUCUGACUCGCUGGUUUCACCAGCCUGUCACCGGUGACUUUGCGCCCUCUGAUGAACACCCAGACAUUGGACACGAUGAGGAUGUACACCCCAACACCCUCACAGAGACAAACGGAGAUGUACUGGACAUGAACAUCCAAACAAGCAGGGAUGUACCAGACACAAACUUUGAAACAAACUGGGACAUAAACAAGGACAAUUUUGAGGACGCUGACUGGCAUCCUCCUCCCUCCCUCCUGGAAACACACUCCGACCUGUCCCCAGAGAUUGGUACUUUAUCAGCACAGUGCGGUGAGUACAGCAGCCAUCUGACGUCAAGCGGCCAUUGCCGACUGAUGGCAACGCUGCCUCCGGUGCCAGUUGGAACAUCGCAGAAACGCUGCCCGGAUAUGUUCCGCUGCACAGACGACAUCUCAAAUUGGCUCCACGAGAACCAGAACAGAAAAGAGCAGCUGGACGACUUGACGGAAACAAUGUCAGAGCUCCAGGAAGAGCUGAGGAACCACGGCCAUCGAAUCACAACCCUGGAGGAGCAGGGUGUAGAAAGCGUUAGUUUAAACUUGACCUUUGACCAGCGGUUGAGGUUUCUGGAGUUGCGUCACACCGAGGUCGACACGCUUUUCCACGUGCAUGCGACGCUGCUGUACGAGCUGCAGGCGCAGCUGCGCAACCUGUCAGCAGCCGUGCAGCGCAUGAGCCGCAGAACGGGCUGCAAGAUCAACGACAUCAGAACUUCACCGCUGCUCAGCAUGCGAGACACACCAGCGAGACAGCACCUGUCUUUCUGUUCAUCCGACUGUGCGUCUCUGUAUCACAAUGGUGUUCGUCAUUCUGGUGUUUACAACAUUGUCCUGUCGCCCGGCACCAUCCUGCCAGUCUACUGCGACAUGAAGACAGAGGGCGGUGGCUGGACGGUGUUUCAGCGGCGGCGCGACGGCUUGGUGAGUUUUAACCGCGGCUGGUCGGAGUAUCGCGACGGCUUUGGCGAGCCACGGGGAGAACACUGGCUGGGCAACCAACAGCUCCACCUGCUGUCCAACCAGGGCCACUACAGCCUCCGCAUCGAGCUGCAGGACUGGAGCCACGUCCAAAGACACGCCCUGUACCACAGCUUCAGGAUAGAGAAUGAGGAGAACCAUUACCGCCUCCAUGUGUCUGGUUUCAGCGGAACGGUGGAGGAUUCGUUCGGUUGGUACCACGACCAGCAGGGCUUCAGCACGCCAGACACCGGCAACAUCUGUGCCGAGAUCAGCCAUGCCGGCUGGUGGUUCCACCAGUGUUUCUACGCCAACCUCAACGGCGUCUACUACAGGGUAGGACUGGUGGGCGCUACUCUCUGAAAGCUCAGAACUUGCUCGGGCCGGACGGCAUCGUCUGGUUCUCCUGGAAGGACUCAGACUUCUACUCUCUGAAGGCGGUCACCAUGAUGAUACGACCACGCAACUUCAGGCCACGCUUGUCGCCGUAGAGACGUAUCAGUCUGAAGCCCGACUAGCAACUUCUUAGGACUGCUAGCUGCCUCGAGGGGCUGCCAGAAAUACUCACAAGAGCACCAAAUAUGUAUUAAUCCGCUGCUGAAAAUAGUCCCCAACAAAUGGACUUUUUCCGUAUGUUUGAGUAACUUUUGCUAAAAACAAGUUAUCAUCUGUUUUAAGAAAUCUCUGAGCCUUAAAGGACAAAUCCGGCGCAAAAUGAACCUAGGGGUUAAUAACACGUGUACCGAGUCGACCGUUCUCUGGGAUAUGUUU